AUGGCCAGGAAGAGACUCUUCUUUUUUCUGCUUCUACCCCUAAUUUUUUCACACUGUAAAGCUAAAAAAACACUUUACAUCGGUGGACUGUUUGGUAUUGACACAAGUGGCGGUGGAUGGAACUCGGCAGGAAUAAUUCCCGCCGUUCAGAUGGCUAUCGAUGAAAUAAACAACAGCACAGAGAUUCUUAAGGAUUAUCACCUGCAACUUUUGAUAAAGGAUUCUCAGUGCAAUGUUGGCGAGGCUGUCCGCAGAACCCUGGAGUACAUAUCAUCCGGGAGACCCAAAAUCAUGUUUCUAAGCCCCGGAUGCUCUAAAGCCGCAAUGCCAGUAGCGGAAGCCAUUCAUUACUGGAACAUUGUGCAGAUUGGCUUCUCAAAUUCUUCCCCAUUGCUAUCGUCCAAAGCCGUUUUUCCCCUCUACUUUCGAACCAACCCUUCGGAGAAAUUCUCCAAUCUGGGACGAAUUGCGAUUCUUCGACGAUUCAAUUGGAAGAAAGUUGCCAUUCUGCAACAAAACAACGACGUUUUCACAGGAAUCAGCAACUCUCUUAUUGAUAUGCUGGGUGCUACCAAUAUAACCGUACUUGCCUACGAGAGUUUCAAAGAUCAUCCGAAGAUUGCCAUAGAGAACCUGAAGAGGAAAGAUGCCCGUAUCAUCUUUGCAUUUUUCUAUCAAGAUCAACAUUAUAUCACCUUUUGUGAGGCUUUCAAGAAAGGUAUGUAUGGACCGAAAUAUGUGUGGAUUUUGUUCUCUGGUCGACUUCAGGACAAUUGGUGGAAAGUGCAGAGUCCUCUAGUGGAUUGUACACCGGAAGAAGUGCGAAAAGGCCUGAGUAACAAUAUCGGAACUGCAGAAUUGAAACUCAGUCCUGUCUCAGGACCAACUAAAUUUGGAAAGACGCCCCAAGAACUCUACACUGAAUAUCUAGAACGCCUCAACAACUCGGGAUAUUCCGAAAAUACGUUUGCCUCUUAUGGAUACGACGCGGCCUGGACAUGCGCACUGACUCUCAACGCAUCAAUUAAUGUCUUGGAAAAACAAAACUUCAAACUCAAUGAAUUCAACUAUAGCCUUCCUAACGUGAGCAAAGUCUUUGUCGACAUAAUGAAGAGGAUUUCAUUCGCUGGAAUGACAGGCCAGGUGAAGUUCGACAGUAAUCAUGAUCGUAUAACAAAACUUGAGGUCCGACAAAUACAAGGAAAUACCCAACGAAGAGUUGCAUUCUACGACAUGGAAAAAGACACUCUCGAAGAGGAUAGCAAUAGUGUUUACUUAUGGGAUGGUGGUAAAGUCCCCGUCGAUGGUCUAAGAAUAGAAGAAAAGCUGGAAGGAGUCGAUCCAGGGGUUUUGUGGUUUGUCAUUGCUGUAUCAAUCCUCGGAGUUCUGAUGGCCAUCGCAUUCCUCAUAUUCAAUGUAUACAACCAAAAUAUCAGGUACAUAAAAAUGUCUUCACCUAAUCUUAAUAACGUAAUCAUAGCUGGUUGCAUACUUAUUUACGUGGCGGGUGUACUGUUCGGCUUAGACAAAGAGCAAGGAAGUUAUUUGUGCCAGUUGGAGUUAUGGAUUGCAAUGAUUGGAUUCAGCUUGGGCUUUGGAGCGAUGUUCAGCAAAACCUGGAGAGUUCAUGUGAUAUUUCUCAAUGCUAAAACUACAAAAAGGGUUAUCAUCCGGGACCGUCAGUUGUUUGGUAUGGUUGCUGUUCUUCUUUUAAUUGAUAUCAUAAUUCUCGUCACGUGGCAGAUUGUCGACCCAUUGACAAAUAAAGUAGAAAACUUGACGCUGCAGGUAUCACAAGAGGAUGACACUGGCAUACAACCGUAUGUAACCAAGUGUACCUGCGAGAACAUAAUGAUAUGGCUACCUUGCAUAUACCUGUACAAAGGCCUGUUGUUAUUAUUUGGAGCCUACUUGGCCUGGGAAACCCGCAAAGUGCAUAUCCCCGCUUUAAAUGACAGCAAACUGAUUGGCUCGUCCGUUUAUAACGUCAUCAUUCCUUGUAUCCUCGUAUUUCCUAUUCUUGGUGUUGUCGCUGACCGACCUACCAUUCACUUCUCCUUGUCCUCGUUCCUCACCAUCUUCUGUACCUCAUUUACCCUGAGUCUUGUUUUCGUUCCAAAGAUAAUGUUCUUAAGAACCGCGGACGAAAAUAGUUUUUCAAAUGCUACUGGCUCAACCAUACAAGGUGGAAGAAUGUCAACGAAGGUGGAUCCAGCAUCUGCUUCUAAAACAAAAGAAGAGAACGCGAGGGAAACAGAGGAAUGACUUAUCAGUUCGGUCAAGUGAAUACAAUAAACACAGAUUUACCGCACCCCGUCAAAUUCAAUACGCACAAUUCGACUGACUAACUGGUAAAUAAGAGAACUAGCCGAGCAUGACAUGUGCCUACAUAGCAUUUCUACAUUUUAUAGGGCAGUAAAAACUUAGAAUUAAUGAAAUAAACCGUGAAAGAAAAUUACAAUUAAGAUUACCUGCACUUACUGCGAUUUCAUCAUUCACUAAGUCAGUCCCUUGAGAAUCAGUGAUCUUUGCUACGAGGAAAGAAUGUUAUAGAUCGAUGCGAGGCUCGCUAUAUAAGCGAGUAGAAGUGCUUUAAAGUUAAAAAAGCCAGUAAAAUCGAUAUCGACAAAGGCCAAAAUAUCCUUGAAAAAGUGAAAUGUUAGCAAGAUCUGUUCUAAAACAAGGAAUUUUAAUGAACAACAGCCAUAUCAAAAAACAUUUUUAAAGACAGCUCUUCAGUGAUGGGUAUACACGAUUGAAAUGUAUGAGUGAAUCAUGUCAA